GAGGUCACUGCAUAGAUAUAUUUGUUGUCUUGCCUCCUCUCUCUUUCUGUCUGUUAUCUGUCUCUGUGUUUGAAUUGUAUGAAUAUAAAACUAGAAGAUCCAAUAUAGCCAUGGACUGGGUAUCCUGGUUACAGAAAAACAAGAAGAAAAUCAUAAUCGGGGUCUUGGCUGCAGCAAUUGUGACUUUAAUCCUUGGUCUUGGAUUGGGUCUUGGACUGGGUUUGCAGAAAGAUAAAGAUGAAGCCCAACAGUGGGAAUGUUCAAGAAAACGCUGUGGUGAAAAGAGGCUGGCGGAGAGCAAAUGUCACUGCGACAAUGAUUGUCUGUCUGCAGGAGAUUGCUGCUCCAACUACAAACACAUUUGUCAUGGUGAAACAGAGUGGGUAGAGGACCAAUGUGAUGACUUGUCAGCUCCCAAAUGUCCUGAAGGCUUUAAGCGACAGCCGCUGCUGCUAGUGUCUCUGGAUGGACUAAGAGCUGAAUACCUGCAGACAUGGAGAGAUCUUAUUCCUGUCAUGGACAAACUCAGAAGCUGUGGAACAUCAACUUCCUACAUGCAGGCAGCAUUUCCAAGCAAGACUUUUCCUAAUCACUACACAAUUGUUACGGGUCUGUAUCCAGAGUCCAACGGUCUGAUUGACAACAAUAUGUACGAUCCCGUGUUUAAUGCCUCGUUCAGCCUGAGCAAUGACGAGAAAAACAACCCAGCCUGGUACCUUGGACAACCUAUUUGGAACACGGCUACACAUCAAGGUCUGAAAUCUGGGACCUUUUUCUGGCCAGGAUCAGAUGUCAAAAUCAACGAAAGUUUCCCUGACAUCUACAAGCCUUAUGAUGGAGAUGUGCCGUUUGAAGAAAGAGUAUUUACAAUUCUGAAGUGGCUGCAGCUGCCAGAUAACAAAAGGCCUGAUUUCUACACACUCUAUCUGGAGGAACCUGAUAAAUCCGGGCACAGCUUUGGUCCCGUCAGUGCACAGAUAAGCACAGCAAUCCAGGGAGUGGAUAAAAUAAUGGGUCAGCUCAUGAAUGGCCUCAAGCAAAUUGACCUGCACCGCUGUCUCAACAUCAUUGUUGUUGCUGAUCAUGGUAUGGAGGAGAUCAGCUGUGACAGAAGGGAGGUGAUGAAGGAGCUGGUGGGAGAUAUCAGUAAUUAUUUUGUGAACGAGGGGCCAUUUGGACGCAUCAGAGCCAGGAAUGAAGACUUUGUGUUGGACUCUGCUGGACUUGUUGCUAAUAUGAGUUGCAAGAAGCCGGACCAGAAGAUCACACCGUACUUGAAGUCCAACCUACCAAAGCGGCUCCACUACGCUAACAGUCGACGUAUUGAAGAUGUCACUGUCCUUGUGGAGCCAAAAUGGCAGUUUGAGAGAUUUUCAGAAUCACUUUCAUUCUGCUCAGGUGGGAAUCAUGGCUAUGACAACGAUGUUGCGAGCAUGCAUGCAAUGUUUCUCAGCUACGGACCAAAGUUUCAGCAAAACACCACGAUUGAACCCUUUGCUAACAUUGAACUCUACAACUUAAUGUGUGACGUGCUAGAGAUCUCUCCAUAUGACAACAACGGGACACAUGGCAGCAUGAAUCAUGUUCUUAGGAAGACAUUUUACAACCCAACUCACCCUGCGGAACAAAGUGAGCCAACUCAGUGCCCAUUCAUCAGUCUAACUCCUGAAGAUGCCCUGGGAUGCAAAUGCCCAGACAUGACUGAGCAUGAACUUAACAGCCGUUUGAACUUGACUUUAGAGGAAAAAUCUGCUUCAGAAAGGAAGCACAUGAUGUUUGGUCGUCCCCAAAUGCUGCAGCCUGACAGCAGUUAUUGCAUCCUCCACCAAGAAGGAUUCAUCAGCGGCUACAGCCAUGAAGUCCUCAUGCCUCUCUGGAGCUCAUUCACCAUCGACAAACCUGUGAGUGUUUUGACCAACUUGGACCCAUUACCACCAGUAAUAUCCAACUGUUUGAGGGCUGAUGUGAGAUUGCCAGAACACCAGAGCCCCAGAUGUGAUCAGUUUGAAGCUGCUAUCCAUUUGACCCAUGCCUUCCUGUACCCACCUAAUCUGAAUAUAACCGUGCAACAGCAGUACGAUGCCUUAAUAAUGAGCAAUGUUGCCCCGAUGUACCCUGCAUUUAAGAGGAUUUGGGAUUACCUCCACAACACUUUGCUAAAGAAAUAUGCUUCCAUAUACAAUGGCAUUAAUGUGGUGACUGGACCAGUCUUUGAUUACAAUUAUGAUGGCCGAUAUGACACUACAGAGCAGAUACAGCAGUUUGUACCUGGGACCAACAUAUCUAUUCCCACACAUUACUUUGUGGUGUUAACAAGCUGCAAGAAUGCAGGAGAGCCAGUGAGCGCUUGUGGUGGGGAACUCCAGACUGUGUCUUUCCUCCUUCCCCACAGAGCUGACAACGAGGAAAGAUGCAAAAAUUAUUUAACCCUCUCAACGGAGCUGCUCAUCCUCCUCUCUGUGCGCUCCUGGCUGGUGCACGGCGCCACCUCCACGCUGACCUACAAAGUCACCGACCCGAUCACCGGCAACCCUCUGCAGUGUGACCGCUGCCCGCCGGGAACAUUUCUGCGCGCCAGCUGCUCCUCCAUCAAAAAGAGCGAGUGCGUUCCGUGUCCACAGGACUCCUUCACGGAGCUCUGGAACUACAUGGGGAGAUGUUUACGCUGCGGAGUCUGCGGGCGGAACCAGGUGGUUAAGAAGGAGUGCACCGCAAACAGCGAUUGUCAGUGCGAGUGUAAAGAGGGUUACUUCUACCAUCAGGACUACGACAUGUGCGUCCGACACAGCGAGUGUCCCUCUGGGCAGGGAGUGCUCACCAAAGGUACAGCCGAGAGAGACACAGUGUGCAGCGUCUGCUCUGAAGACACCUUCUCUGACAUUUCCUCCACCCAUCAUAACUGCACUCAGCACAAGAGCUGUAGCGAUGCAGGGCUGCAGUUAGUGCUGAGAGGAUCCUCCUGGCAUGACAGUGUGUGUGCAAACUGUCAACAGCUCAAAGAUGGAGCUGAAUACCUUAAAGAAAUCAUCCCAUCUUUUUUCAUUCACCACAAAAUGAACAUCAAACGGCUACGACGGAUUGUACUCAGGCUCCCAUCUGAGGACGGCAAGAAACCAAGAGAGUCCCUGGAGCUCAACUUCUCAGAACUCCAUUCACGCAUUUGCAGUUGGGUGUCAUCCGCCACAGCGGCACAAAUUCAGCAGCUUCCGGCCAUAGUGAAUAAAACAGGAGAAACUACUGCUAGUGAGAAACUACAGCACAAGCUCAACAGCAUUGAAACACAUCUGACAGAGCACUGUCAUUCCAAGAUCUACAGUAAUGUUAUCGAAAGUUAAUCCACAGCAAUUCGACCCAGAAAUAUGUACUGUACCACAUGCAGGACGAAAAGAUUCAAGGGGGCAUGAAAUUAUGUGUUUAAAACAACAACCAUCUCAAUAGUUUUUGUUUAAAAUUAUUGGAGAAAAGCCAAGAAAAUACAUAAAAAGCAGAAAACUGAAGAGUUUAAGUAUUUUAAAACAAACUGACACCCAUUAACACUUUUCUGACUUACCCCAUAUGCUGGUUUAAAUUUAUACAAAGAACAUUGAAGUAAAUGAAGUACUUAUAACUGUU